CUCACUCUCACUCCUCACCUCUCACUUCCCCUUCAUCUCCUCCUCACUCACCACUCCAUCUUCCCCUCCUCCUCCCCCCUGCCUGCGUGGGCGUGCAGGAUGCCAUCCCCAAUGGCUUUCCCUACCUCUUCCGGUUCAAGCCUCUUCAAGCUGUCAAAAAAGUCGUCCCAACGGUUCACUCCCAGUGCACAAGAGUAUCUCGCCUCUCUCAAAGCAGCGGACGACGAUGCACUCGCGCGUGAACAAGCAAGGUCUCAUUCGCCUACUCCUGCACGUGAGUCCUAUGCUCAUACCACAGGAACGAAUUACGCACCGAGCAUUGCAAGCACUCCUGCUCUCUCAUUCGCGUCCACAGCAGCGUCGACCAUCUCUACACCGACAACCCACGCAGCUCAGCUUGAGGAAGACGACGACCCCCUCCUGGUACCCGACACCCCUCCCACCUCUAAUGACCCUCCUCCGACGGCCCUCCAUUCAGAGUUCGGCUACUGCAACAACGAGCAGUAUCGGUACACCUCGUCCUACCGCCCAGGGACCAGCCUCCUUCCCCAGCAUCAGGACCCGCCCAUGACGAUCCUCCUCGCGACGUACAUCUCUUACCUGUUCCUGAUCGCCAUCGGUCACAUGCGCGACUUCUUUGGCAAACGCUUCUGGCCCGCGUAUUACAAGCAUCUUCAGCCUGCCGAUGGCUACGCAGCCCUGAACGGAGACUUUGAUUCCUUCUACACGCGUCGGCUCAAAUUGCGUAUCGUCGACUGCUUUUCCCGCCCCGUUACCGGCGUCCCGGGAAGGACGAUCCUCAUGUACAACCGUGUUUCGCCCGACUUUAACGUCACUUUCAAGCUCACGGGUCAGCUGACGCGUGCCCUGAACGUGUCGAGCUACAACUACCUCGGGUUUGCCCAGGCUACUGGAGGAGUCGCGGACGCAGCGGACGAGAGUAUCCGUCGGUACGGGCUGAGCGCGCUCGGACCCAGGCUGGAGGCAGGCACACAGGACUUGCACCAGGCUGCUGAGGCUCUUGUAGCCCGUUUCUUAGGGAUGGAGGACGCCAUGGUCGUCUCUAUGGGCUUUGCGACGAACAGCACCACUUUGCCUGCCAUGGUCUCCCGCGGUUCGUUGGUCAUAUCAGACGAGUACAACCACGCCUCCAUCCGCACUGGUGUCAGGCUCUCUGGUGCAUCGGUCCGCCUGUUCAAGCACAACGACAUGUCUUCCCUCGAACAGAUCCUGCGCGAGAGCAUCUCCCAGGGCCAGCCUCGCACCCACCGUCCGUGGAAGAAGAUCCUCGUAGUCGUCGAAGGCCUUUACAGUAUGGAAGGCACGUUUAUCGACCUCCCCGGUCUGAUGGAACUCAAGAAACGCUACCAUUUCUAUCUGUACAUCGACGAGGCGCACUCUAUUGGAGCGAUCGGGCCCCACGGACGUGGCGUGUGCGACUACUUUGGCGUCGAUCCCAGGGAAGUCAAUAUCCUCAUGGGAACGUUUACCAAGUCCUUCGGUGCAGCAGGAGGCUACAUCGCAGGGAACAAGGUGCUCAUAGACCGCCUGCGCACGAUAAACCAUUCCUUCGCUUACGCAGAGUCGGUCUCCCCUCCCGUCCUGACCCAGCUCACAGCAGCCAUGGCAUCAAUAAUGGGCGUCGCGCCCCCUCUCCCUCCCGCAGCCGUUGGAGCCCCAGGCACCCUCAUCCCCGCCUCAGCACCGUACGUCCACCCUGGCCCAGCACCAGCUUCCAUCCUCCCCCAGUGGAUGCAUCUCCCUCCUCUCCUGCUCUCAGGGCAGGAAGGCGCAACCCGUCUCCGCAGACUGGCGUUCAAUUCCCGCUACCUCUCCCAAGGGCUGCGCAAGCUCGGUUUCAUCAUCUACGGCCAUCGGGAUAGUCCUAUCGUCCCCCUGCUGAUCUUCAACCCGGGGAAGAUGCCCGUCUUCUCCCGGCUGAUGCUCGCUGCGAACACGCACCCCAACGCAGUCCCCUUUGUCGUCGUCAUCGUCGCCUAUCCCGCUACGCCGCUCAUUACGUCCCGAGUAAGGUUCUGCAUGUCUGCGAGCCAUACGAAGGCGGAUGUGGACAGGCUGUUACGGGCGUGUGACAAAGUGGGAGAUUUGCUCGAUUUGAAGCAUGGGAUCCCCAAGGGAGAGAGGUGGACUGUGGAGGAGGUUGUAGACCGAGCGGUGGAGUUGGUUAAGAUGGAGUAAACGAGGCAGCCGGGGCGGUGGGGGGUGGGGGAACGUUGGUUCGCUGGUUAGCGAAGUUGAAGAUACCGGCCGUGCUCUGGCAUUGGCGAACCGAAUCGAUACCUUUCUUCCUGCCAACCAACGUCUUCCUACCUACCUACCUGCGGCCCCGUCCACCAACCCUCCCUACCCACCAGUUGUGGUCUAACGAUUCCCCCUCGACCCACCUUGGGCGAGUGCUGUAAUUUAGCUUAAGUGCCGGUUCUUCUUCCUCAGUUUUAGGGAAGGGGAGGGCGACGUCUUUUCGUGUUAAUUUUGUUUGUGAUAUGUUCUGUUCUGUUCUGUGAUGGCUUGGCUUGUCAUUCCCGAGUUUGUGCGGAGAGCGGAGAGGGAGAUACCUUGAGUGAGUGGGUGAUACGACGGGGACGGGGACGGGGAUGCGGGAUGUUGUCGCCGUGCUUGGGAGGGGUGAGUGAGGUGGGUACGACGUAGAUACGGCAUAUGCAUGCAAUGGAACAGGACAUGA